AAUUCCUAAUAAGACCAGCUAUUUUCUGUUUUAGAUUUUUGUUAAUAUAAAAGUGCAAUAUUUAUAAGCGAUCCAUGUAAAUAGCACCGUAUGUUCUAACCGGUGGAGUAUUUAUUGUGGUUAUUAUCUACACGCGUUAUUAAACAUUGUUCUAAUAAAUUAUAUAUUGUUACUAUUUCUACAGUAUGGCUGCGUUGUUUCGUAAAAGUGGCUCUUUACAAUGGCACCUUGUCGUCAAUUGCUUAUGUGGUCAGUGCCAUCAAUAGCUGUCUUGUUAGGAAUCUUUUGGUUCAAGAAAAAGAGAGAAUAUGCAAAAUCUGACCCAGGUGGAAGAGAAAGAAUAAAAAGUCUUCAAGAAGAACUAGCAGAGGCAUUGAGUGCUGAAGCUGAAAUUAGAAGAUUAUCUCCCCUGGGAAAGGCUGACCGUUCCCUCAUAAAAUCAGCUCCUAUUGAUAUUAUUCCUAAUGGUACUGGCUCACAAAGAUCUUCUCUUGAAUUAACAGAUGAAGAAGUUGAUUUGGAGAUUGAAAAGAUUAUAAGAAAAAAGUCACUUGACAAAGAAAAGAAAAUGUCUGUAGGUAGUGAUAACUAUAUGGAAAGUGUAAAGGUGAAGGAGAAUCCUUGUGUUAUAAAGGAAGUACAGUGUGAUAUAUACUCAUCUUUCAGAAUAGAUAUGACUUGUGAAAGCAGAGAAAACUUGUGUUCUUCCAAAAUUAAUGAAGAUUGUGGAACCUCAAUUGCAAUGGAAAAUGACCAUGAUGAAGUAUCUGUCAUCAAUUCUCAGGUGAAUACACCUAAACUUGAAGUCUUCCCAUCUCAAAGCAAUCUAUCUGAAAAUACAACAGAUAAUAAAUCUGAAGAUUUAACUGCAACCAACAAUGAAACUGAAGAAUCUAGAAGUAGAGAGGAACAAAUGGAUGUACAAGAUACAUAUUCAGACUCACAGCCAAGAAGAAUUUCUGAAAGAGAUUCGGCCAAUCAUAGUCCGGUAGACCCCAUGCUGGCAAGCCCAUCCAUGUGUCACUUUUCAGAUGAUCAUAGUGAGGGUUCUAGUGACAGUGGUAAAGGAUGUUCAGAGGCCGCUAGCCCUCCUCCAACUAACAUGAAUAUUAUACCUUCUGAGGCUGGUUUGAGAAUACACCAGUUCUUAAUACCUACAUCAUUAGUGGGACUUUUAAUAGGAAAAUGUGGUUCAUUUGUGACAUGCAUCAAAGCAAAAACUGGUGCAACAGUAUAUGUAAGGAGACAUCCAGAAUUAUCUAAACAGAAAAUUUGUGCAAUUGAGGGUACUCAAAGUGAAAUUGAAGCAGCAUUAGAAAUGAUUAAAGAUAAAUUCCCUGAAAAGAGAUUCCCAAACUUUACCACACAGGAGAUCAGUGCGGAAUUAUAUCAACGAUUGGCACCCUUAGUACCAGAGUACCUUCAAUUGCAGCUAGUGGAGUCCGUGAACAACGACACCAUCCUCACGUGUCUCGUAAGCGCGGGUCACUUCUUCCUGCAGCAGCCGCUUCACCCCACUUUCCCCUCGCUGCACGUGCUGCAUCGCCUCAUGGUCGACACCUACCAGAACCCGGACGUACCGACAUUGCCGCGCCCGGUGAAAGAGGGUUCAAUUUGUGCGGCACCGACUGAAAACAACUGGUACCGCGCACAAGUCUUGUCGACGUCUGAAGAAACCGAGACAUCUGUGGUGAAGUUAGUCGAUUACGGCGGUUACCUUACCGUCGAUAACGACCAGCUGAAACAGAUCCGCUCGGACUUCAUGACGGUGCCUUUCCAGGCCACUGAGGCUCUCCUUGCGUUCGUCAAACCCGCGAAUAAUGAGCCAGAUUGGAGUAGCGAGGCACUCCGCAUAAUGGCGGGUCUGACGGCGGGACAGAUGUUACACGCGCAGGUCGCUGGUUACGACGAGACUGGACUACCCUUAGUACAUCUUUACCUUACCCUCAACCCACAGCAAGUGAUAUACCUGAACCGUGAGCUGGUGGAGCGCGGGCUGGCAGAGUGGGAAGCGCCGGCCGACUCGUGAGCUUUCUUCGCAUCUGUCGCCGUAGUAUCAUAAGACAAGUAGUUCUACUAGAAGAGCGAUCGUCCGUUUCGUAACUACUUCUCUUACCAUACUAUGCUCCCCUCGAGUCUAGUUCGCGUCCGGCGCACCCGUCGCCCUGAGUUCCUCCUUCGGUAAGUAUGGCGCCGUUUUCAAACAUUAAUCAAAAUUGGUUCACUCAAAUAUUUCCAUAUCCUUAUGAAACAUCCGCAUUUAAUAUUUUGAGUUCCCAAUUUUAGUUAAUGUUUCAAUAUUGCGCCGGUAGAUUUAAAAUUAACGUAAUGCUCGGUGACGUCACACUGCUCGAACUGAGAUACCGUAUGUUAGUUUGUUUUGACUUGUUUUGUUACAUUUAACUGUAAUACCCCAGGAUAACGUUAUCCUAACUAUUUUACUUACAAAUAAGUAUGUAAUUCCGACCUUCAAUAUCUUACGGAAGAACUUUAAUUUUAAACGAUGACAAAUUGUCUCCUAGUGUUAAGAAGUUAUUCUGCGAUUGUUUAGCUUCAUUGAAAUAUAUCGGAUCGUAUUAAACGUAUUUAGCGGCGUAUAAAUUAGUUGGUCAGGAUGCUCAUUAUAAUAAUAUGUGGUAGCACUGCCUUCUGCAUUUGACUAAGCGAGAACCGUUGUUGCGUCACAGUAUAUGACAUUGGCGAUCGUUGCCUUGAAUCGUGCCUUUCAGCGUUAAUUAGUUUCCGGUAAUGUCUAGAGCUAACUUUGGUGUUCUAACCCAUUACAAGUUAACCAUGCAAGUUAUAUUUAGUUCAUGAUCGCGGUUAUACUUUAUCGCUGUGUGUGUGUUAAAUUGGAUGUGAGAUAGAUAUAUUUUUACACUCGUAUGCUUUUUGUAAAUUGUAUAAAUUGUAGAAUACAAAGUUGAUUAAAAUAAGAGUACAAUAUAACGUUGUGUGGUUGCUUCGUGUGUUGAUGAAUUCUUGUACGUCGGCAGUAUCGCUACUUUGAUUUGUCUUAACUUGAUUCUCAAAGCAGUUAACAGCAAACUUGCAUUUCAAGCACUCAAAUACCUAUCUUUGCUGACUUUUUUCUUUGGUUUCAUAUUAAUAUCUUAAAACUGCGAUAGUCAAGGAUUCGAUAGUAAUUAAUAAAUUUAUAAUGAGCAUGUUGAUGUCCUGACUUAGAAUAAAAGUGUACAUACUAGAAAAUUUAAGUAGUUACUGUUUACGAAAGUUUGAAAUUUGUGUUCUCUAUAUAUUUCAGUAUUUGAUGUGUUUGGAUAUAGGUGUUUAGUGAUUUAUUUUUGAAACUGCAAUUGCGUAGUUACUCGGUAACAUCGUAGUGCGUCGGCUAAUUCUUAAAACUUAAUGUAGUGACUUGGUAUAAUGCAACUAAAUAAAUUGACCUCAUUCACUUCUAAAAUGUGACGUAUUAUAAAGACGUUGGAGUGAAUCGGUUGAUGUUACAUAGCAGGCUAUCGGUUUGCAUUUUGUUGAAGUCCUUUUUUGUAUAUAAACUAAUAUAUUUGCGGUUAAAUCAAUAAAUUAUCGUUUUAAAAAUUA